GAUCGGCUUACACAUGCUCCAGUAUGGAUUCCUUAAGCUUUGUAACGCUGUGGCUAUAUAUAAAGCCCUACGCUGGAAACUGAAGUACGCAGACAGCUGCGAUAGUAGCAAGCGUUUCACAUUCCCAGUGUGCUGGCAGUCUGGAAGCAAAGGAGACCCGGGAGCCCUGCUUUGAGUAAAUUUCUUUACCGGGGCUCAGGUACAGAUAUAUUUAUAAAUAUACACAUAUAUAAAAGAAGGACUGGGGAAAAAAGGAGCAGUUACUCUUCACCAUGGGUUUGCCUUUUGAUCAAGUGGAAGAAUUGCGUCUCUACCAGCAAACUCUCCUGCAGGAUGGACUCAAAGACAUGUUGGACCACAAUAAGUUUCUGGACUGUGUCUUGAAAGUCAAAGGGAAGGAGUUUCCCUGCCAUCGGUUGGUGCUGGCAGCUUGCAGCCCGUAUUUUCGAGCGAUGUUCCUCUCGGACAUGGAAGAGAGCAAGAAGAGGGAGGUCAGUUUGGAAGACGUUGAUCCAGAUGUCAUGGGCAAGAUCCUCCAUUAUAUCUACACCUCCGAGCUGGAGAUCACAGAGCAGAAUGUGCAGGACAUCUUCUCCGUGGCCAACAUGUUCCAGAUCCCCUCCAUCUUUACCGUCUGCGUGUCCUUCUUGCAGAAGCGGCUCUGCCUCAGCAACUGCUUGGCUAUCUUCAGGUUGGGCUUGAUGCUGGACUGUGCCCGGCUGGCCGUGGCAGCUCGGGAUUUCAUUUGCGAUCGCUUUGCGCUGGUCUCCCGGGAUGAGGAGUUCUACCAGCUCUCCCCUGAUGAGCUUAUCGCGAUCAUCUCCAGUGACUCCCUCAACAUAGAGAAAGAGGAGACCGUCUUCGAAGUAGUGAUGAAGUGGGUGGGGACCAAGGACCAUGAGACCCGGCAGAAGGCCUUGCCUGUCAUCUUUGAGAGCAUCCGCUUCCGCCUCAUGCCCAACGACUACAUCAAGGACCACGUGGAGAAGCACGCCAUGGUGAAGUCCAGCCCAGAGCUGCUCAAGAAACUGCAGAUGGUGAAGGAUGCCCAGAAAGGCAAAUUCACUGUGGUGAAGAAGAAGAAAGUGAAGAAAAGCAGUGAAAAGCAAGUGAAAGACAAUGUCGUCAAUGGAGCAGUAGAUGAGAAGGAAGAUACAGAGGAGGAAGCUCUCCCAGGGAUCUUAAAUGACACAAUGCGCUUUGGGAUGUUCCUCCAGGACCUUAUUUUCAUGGUGAGCGACAGUGGAGCAGUGGCCUACGAUCCCACUGCCAAUGAGUGCUAUUUUGCCUCCCUGUCUUCUCAAAUCCCAAAGAACCACAUCAGUCUGGUGACCAAAGAGAAUCAGAUCUUCAUUGUUGGAGGACUAUACUACAACGAGGACAACAAAGAGGAUCCCAUGAGUUCCUACUUCCUACAGUAUGACCAUCUGGACGCAGAAUGGCUGGGGAUGCCCCCCCUGCCCUCCCCUCGCUGCCUCUUUGGCCUGGGAGAGGCAGAAAACUCUAUUUUUGUGGUUGGAGGGAAAGAACUGAAAGAGGGAGAGAAGACCCUGGAUUCAGUCCUGUGCUACGACCGGCUGUCCUUCAAGUGGGGUGAAGCCGAUUCCCUUCCCUACGCAGUCUAUGGCCACGCGGUGGUAUCGCACAAGGAUCUCAUCUACAUCAUUGGUGGCAAAGGAAGCGACAAGAAGUGCCUGAAGACGAUGUGUGUCUACAAUCCAGCCAAGUUUGAGUGGAAAGAGCUGGCUCCCAUGAAAACUGCCCGCUCCUUGUUCGGAGCCACUGUGCACAAGGACAAAAUCUACGUGGCAGCUGGCGUGACCGACUCCGGUUUGACCAACUCAGUGGAAGUCUACGACAUUGCCACCAACAAGUGGGACACCUUCACUGAGUUCCCCCAGGAGCGCAGCUCAGUCAGCCUGGUGAGCUUGGCCGGGGUGCUCUACCUGCUUGGAGGAUUCGCCACGGUGGAGACGGAGUCAGGAGAACUGGUGCCAACAGAGCUGAACGACGUUUGGAGGUAUGAUGAAGAGCAGAAGAAGUGGGAAGGGGUCCUCCGGGAGAUCCAGUAUGCCUCCGGUGCCACUUUCCUUCCCGUGCGCCUCAAUGUUUUGCGCCUAACGAAGAUGUAG